AUGGGUACUGCAAAGAUACCAUUCUCGCAUAACGACUACACGGUUGGAUGGAUUUGUGCUCUUCCAUUAGAAAUGGCUGCAGCCAAAGCAAUGCUGGACGAAGUCCACCCAGAUUUGUUGAGUUCUCCAAGUGAUCACAACACCUACACACUCGCCACUAUAGGUUGUCACAAUAUUGUCAUCGUCUGUCUACCAUCGGGAGUAUACGGAACGAUACCUCCAGCGAUCGUGGCCUCCCAAAUGGUAUCCAGAUUCCCAUCGCUCCGGUUCUCAUUGAUGAUGGGGAUCGGCGGAGGAGUACCAAGCAGAGACACGGAUAUUCGACUGGGAGACGUUGUAGUUAGCAACCCGACGAAAGGCUUCGGGGGAGUGGUCCAGUACACUACGGGAAAGCCAUCCGAGGGGGGCUAUUUGAGCGCACUGGGACGUUGA